AUGGUCUCGGCAGAUCUGACAGAUCUCUUGGCUAAGGUGCUCCCCACCGGGGUUGAGAUCACCGUUCGCCAUGUCUCCUCAACACCCACUCCCUGUGAGGCUCUGUUUGCAGCUGCCCCGGGACAGGUCUCCGAGCCAACUUUCUGCGAGAAUCAUUUCCUCUCAGUUUCAGUUGAGUCCAACGAUGAAAGUGAGACAAUCAUCUUCGGGAUGGAGGUGAUGGUCUACAACACGGCCCACCUAACUACCAUAUUUGUCUCAAAGGCCGAUUCAACUGGUUUCCUCCAUCUUCUUAAAUUACCGCGCAAAGUAUCCAUCCUGAGACUGGUCUCUAACACAUUCCUCUCAUUCCUGGCUCGAACGCGCCAACGGCCCGGUGUGCGCCUGGUUGUGUCGCUGUUCGCCCGCGCCCAGAAUCAGUACUUGUUCCCGGGCAGUAUUGAAAAUGCCGAAAAGCACGUUCUGGACGACAGAGGUUUAAUCAAAUGGUGGUGUCGCGCUCUUGAUCCGAUUUUGCGUGAACACGAGCCAGAAUCCUCGCUGAAAGAGACGAAGACGCUCGAUCAAACGGUCGAGGCUGCCAAGGCCUCUGCCACCGCAUACUUGAUCGUUCCAAGUUGCGACCGGUUUGAAACACGCAACUUCUUCCCAGCUACGGCCAAGACUGAUGCGCAGGACCAUCCGCGCUGGCUCAACAGCUACCCAUUGAAACAGUUAUAUCACGACCCUUCAGCUCCACCCCGCUGUUUGGUGCCUCGUUUCCCCGAUGAUCCCAAGACUCGUUUCCUGAUUGACCUGGACGGUGAACUUCCUGAGGAGAGUGAUGAAAACCCUAUCCCUCCUAAUGCCGGGCGCUGGCGUAGCGUCAGGUCCCUAGAUCAAUUCUGGGAGAUGAUGUCUUUCCGCCAAGAGUGCUCUGCUGGUCGGCUAGUCGGAUUUCUAUGGUUGGUCAUUAACCCUCCCGGUUUGAUGAAUUCGACGUCAAUGGCAAGCCAAACACGCGGUUCGUCCAACAUCAGUCAGGUCUUCAAUGACACAGAGGCUUUGGUCUCUACUCCGAAGGAGAAAAUGGAUAGUGACUCCAGCAAGAUUGAUACAAAUGAUCACUCAAUAGAAACAACCACAACGCCCACGGUCACCGAGAUACCCCGGGAUGACGGUUCUAGCACCGUCAACCCUUUCGACUGGCCAGAGGCCGGGCGUGGCAACGUCGUCCUAAGUGAAGCAGACUACAAAAAGAUGAUGGACUCAGUUCUAGAUCAUUUCUAUGAUGAGAAAGAAAUCGUCGCCAGCACCAGAUCCUACGUUGACAUUGUUUCUUGCCUCGCGGACGAGCUUACAUGGGGCAAGAAAGUUGUCGGCAGCAAUGCCGCAAGUACCGGACCUCCCCAGUCUGCAGACACCAAGACCAACAAUGUGCUCGACCUCGGACUGAUCCGUAAGCGGAAGAAGUCAGUCGGGGUGGAUAACACGCCCGUUGUGAAUGCGAUCCAAACACCAAGUGGAUCAGGAGACACGCAACCAGCUCCGUCGGAGCCGGCCGGUGUCAAUGUUCUCAAUGCUAGCUUGGUCCGGAAGAAGAAGAAGACAUAA